GCUUCUGUUAUUUAGGCAUAGAGAAAGGAAGUAGCGACAGGCUAGCUGGUUAGCCGGUGUGAAACCACACAGUCUGUCAGGAAAGAGUGGACCUCCGGGUUAUUUUAUCUCAGAGGCUGCUCCUCUUUGUGUAAUUUAAGCGUACGAGACGGUUAUUUUGUCGGUUCAUUUUUUCUUUUUCCAAACGGUUUUCAAACCGUCAAACUGACUCAACUCUGAGCUUUGUCUGUCUGGGACUCCACCGUUGUUAGCCUCGUCCAUACGAGUCAGUGCUGGUUUCAUCAAAGGGAAAAAGCUAACCACAAACUGAAAAGCUGCGUCUUGGUUUUCAUUUAUUUUUAUUUUUUCCAGCAGUUGGUUGAAUCGUGGGGAAUGCAGUCAAGGAUUACUCCGAGACAAUGAGAAAAACAGCCGGUAAAGGUGCUACGUGGUGAGAGGAAAGCAGUGGGUGCGGCAUGCUGAGGCCACUCCCCCUGGCCCAGGAUGAGUGUCAGAGAUGGCGCUGCCACCAUGGCAACGAAUGCAGGUGGAGGAGGGGGGGGAGGCGGGCCAGCUAGCCCAAAUGACAAUGAUGGCCGCUCAUACCUGCUCCAGAUCUACCCACGGUUGGCUGCCCAGACCACCACCUGCUGCACCCUUAGAGUGCACAAGGAUGCAACAGCAGCCUCCGUGAUCUCGGACGCUGCCACGGCACUGGGGCUGGACCCUGGCCGCAUGUAUGUGCUGGCAGAGGUGAAGGAAUGUGGCGGGGAGGAGUGGGUGCUAGAGGCCGGAGACCUGCCAGCGCAGAGGUUUCUGCUGUGGCCUCGGAAAGCCCAGGAGCAACACCCUCAGAGCCUUGGCUUUUACUUCUUACUACAGGAGAGGAACCAUGAUGGUACUAUCCAUUAUGUCCACCUCCCGCCUGUGACUAAGGAGCAGGAGGCACAGCUAGCUGCUAGGGGUUUCCUUCCUCCUCCACAGGAUGACUUUGCAGACCUCUGCAACCUCCCCGUCCUCAAUGAGGACAGCAUAUUAAACAACCUGCGCACGCGCUUUUACAAGAAAAAGAUCUACACCUAUGCAGGCAGCAUCCUCAUCGCCAUCAACCCCUUCAAGUUCCUUCCCAUCUACAACCCUAAGUACGUCAAGAUGUACGAGAACCACCAGCUAGGCAAACUGGACCCUCAUAUUUUUGCCAUCGCAGAUGUGGCCUACUAUGCUAUGCUCAGGAAGAGGGUGAACCAGUGCAUCGUCAUCUCUGGGGAAAGUGGCUCAGGCAAGACCCAGAGUACAAACUUCCUGAUCCACUGUCUGACUGCUCUCAGCCAGAAAGGAUAUGCCAGUGGGGUGGAGAGGACCAUACUGGGAGCUGGACCAGUUCUGGAGGCCUUUGGGAACGCCAAGACAGCCCACAACAACAACUCCAGCCGCUUUGGUAAAUUCAUCCAGGUGAAUUACCUAGAGAAUGGAGUGGUCAGAGGGGCUGUGGUGGAGAAGUAUCUCCUGGAGAAGUCCCGUCUGGUUUCCAGAGAGAAGAAUGAGAGGAAUUACCACGUGUUUUACUACCUGUUGUUGGGAGCUUCAGAAGAGGAGAGGAAGGAGUUCAAGUUGCUGCCGCCUGAAGAAUACUUCUACCUCAAGCAGCAAAACUUUAAGAUUGAAGAUGAGGAAGACCUGCGUCAUGACUUUGAAAGGCUGCAGCAGGCAAUGGAGAUGGUUGGCUUCCUCCCGGCCACCAAGAAACAGAUCUUUUCUGUGCUUUCGGCCAUCCUGUAUCUGGGCAACGUGACCUACAGGAGGAAGUCGAAUGGACGUGAUGAGGGCUUGGAUGUGGGACCGCCAGAGAUCCUGGCUACACUCUCUGACCUGCUGAAGGUUAAAGAGGAGCUGCUGGUUGAGGCGUUGACGAAGAGGAAAACAGUGACAGUCAACGACAAGCUGAUCCUCCCCUACAGCCACCCUGAGGCUAUCACAGCCAGAGACUCCAUGGCCAAAUCUCUGUACAGCGCCUUGUUUGACUGGAUCGUCCUGCGCAUCAAUCACGCACUGCUUAACAAGAGAGAUAUGGAGGAAUCUGUCCCGUGUUUGUCCAUCGGUGUUCUGGACAUUUUUGGCUUUGAGGACUUUGAGACCAACAGCUUUGAGCAGUUCUGCAUCAACUAUGCAAACGAGCAGCUGCAGUAUUAUUUCAACCAUCACAUCUUCAACCUGGAGCAGGAAGAGUAUCAAGCAGAGGGAAUCACCUGGCACAAUAUCGACUACACAGACAAUGUGGGCUGUAUCCAUCUCAUCAGCAAGAAACCCACCGGCCUGCUCUACCUGCUGGAUGAGGAGAGCAACUUUCCCCACGCUACAGAUGAGACACUAUUAGCCAAAUUCAAGCAGCAGCACCAGGGGAACAAAUACUUUGUCCCCACACCAGUGAUGGAGCCCGCCUUUGUCAUUCGACACUUUGCUGGGAAAGUCAAAUAUAAAGUCAAGGAUUUCCGGGAGAAGAACACAGACCACAUGCGUCCAGACAUUGUGGCGUUGCUGCGGAGUAGCGACCGUGCAUACGUGCGGCAGCUCAUUGGCAUGGACCCGGUGGCCAUGUUUCGAUGGGGCAUCCUGCGCGCCACUAUCAGGGGCAUGGCUGCUUUUAAUGAAGCUGGCCGCACAUGGGCCGCCAAAACUGCAGGUGUCGUCCGUCCAGCCUCCAGAACUCCUCUAGGAGAGCUUCAGCAAUCCAAUGCCCCAAUAGACAGAAUGUACAAACGAGCUUCUAUGCUCGAUUUCUACUUUGAUCACUCAGAGGAGCGCCCUCUAGAGGCCUUUGAAGACAUCUUUGCUAGCUAUGAGAGUAAGAAAGACAUGCAUGCAGAGAUCAUCAGCUCCAUUAAGAACUUGCCGUUGGAUGGUGAGGACCCUCGCAAGCUGCUGCAGUCCUGGGGUCGCCUCCGCUUCCCUCGACACGUCCUCCAGAAAAACAAGAACACCAAACAGAAGCAGGUCAUCCCCAAGAGUUUGCUGGAUUCUCGGUCUCUGAAGUUCAUUGUGAGCCUGACGCUGCACGACCGCACCACCAAGUCUCUACUCCACCUGCACAAGAAGAAGAAGCCCCCAAGCAUCAGUGCCCAGUUCCAGACCUCUCUGACUAAACUGUUGGAGACACUGAACAGAGCAGAGCCUUUCUUCAUUCGUUGUAUCCGCUCCAAUGCUGAGAAGAAGGAGAUGUAUCUGGAUGAGGCCUUGGUGGUUCAGCAGCUGCGAUACACAGGAAUGCUGGAAACCGUUCGCAUCAGGAGGUCAGGCUACGGAGCCAAGUACACAUUCCAGGAGUUCAUAGAGCAGUUCAGGGUUUUGCUGCCAAAGAACGCUGCUGCCACUAAAGAGGAAAUCUCAGCACUGCUGGAGAAGAUGGGCCUGGACCCCACCACAUACCAGAUAGGCAAAACCAAGGUGUUCUUGAAGGAGCUGGAGCGACAGCAGCUGCAGGACACGCUGCACAAGGACGUAAUGCGUAAGAUCAUCUUCCUUCAGCGCUGGUUCAGAGGUCGCCUGCAGAGGAAGGAGUUUCUGGACAUGAGACAGGCAGCCAUUUUGAUUCAGCGUUCAUGGCGCAGGUACUGCAAGGAGCGCAGGCGACAGGCAGCCACUUUGAUCCAGGCUGUGUGGAGAGGGCACAGACAGAGAUCAGAGUAUCACCGCCAAAAACAGGGCGCUACCAAAAUACAAGCCUUGGUCAGAGGUCACUCAGCACGCAGAAGGUGCCACUCCAUGCGUGAGGAGAGACAAAAAAAGGAGGAAGAGGAAAGAGAAGCUCAGAUGAGGGCAGAAGAAGAGGAAAAACGGCGGAGGGAGGAAGAGGAGGAGGCAAGGAGAAGAGCAGAGGAGGAGGAGGAAGAAAGGAGGAGGCUGGAGGAAGAAGAGGAAGCAAGGAGAAAGGCAGAGGAGGAGGAAGCGAGGAGGAGAGCAGAAGAAGAGGAGGCACAGAAAAUGAGAGAAGAAGCAGAGAAAAGACUGACAAGCGAGCCUCAAACAAGAGAGGAUCCGGACAUAGAGCUGGUCACUGAGGAGAUGCUGAAUGACAUUCCCCCCGUCCAGGAGAGAGGGGAGGAAGACGGAGAUGUUAACACAAGCUCACAUACAGAGGAGGAACAGGGCAAGGAUGAAGAGCUGGAAGAUGAGGAUGAGGGAUUGGAUUUGGAGGCUAACAGUACUCAGGCUGAGGCUGGACCUCAGCUGGAUGAGAAAGAAAAUGAUGAGGAUUCAAAACGUGCUCUACCCUCUGAUGGGGUCACCUCCAACGCACUUACACCUACAACUCCAAGUGAAGGGUUGGAUAAACAGCCGCCCAGCAGUACCUCCAAUGCUGAACAAAAGAAAGCACGACCUAUUAGCAGGGGCUCGGCAUCCAGGAGCCAGGAGAAGAGAGAGCAGAGGAGACGAAGAGGGCUGGAGCACAACCAGAGAGAGACUGAACGAGCCGCCUCCUCCUUCUCAGCCGGCAGCAAGGAUCAAACAACAAAGAGCAAAGGCCAGGAGACUUCUAAGCUUAAGGAGCGGGCGGACAGCAAGGAGCUGGACCAGUACACCUUUGUGGAAUGGAAAAUAAAGGAAAACAACGGAGGGAAGAAGGACACAAAAACGUCUCCUACUGCCGGUCCUGUUCGUCCAUCUUCGUUACCCUUGCACAACGUUGAUGCUGUUCCUGACAGAAACGGUUUAGGUGAUGGCGUGGGAGCGACAAACCUGCAUCGCCGUCCUGGAGCGAUUAAGGAGAAGCCGGAGAAGUGGAGGAGGAGUGAUGAAAGCGCCAGCCCUCCUCCAACUCACAGCAGGGAGGAAAAGAGGAAAAAAACACAGCUGAGUGAAACAGCCGCCUCAUCAAUUGACAGUUUGUCUCCAGGUUCGGAAGGAGCUGGCGCUUUUUCAGCCAGAGAGAUGAUGUCCCCCUCAGACAGCUAUGUCGAUGGCUCAAAGGGAAGCUCCUUCAGAAGGAAACACCAAGAUAGUUCUGGUCACCAGGACUCUGCACUCUCCAUCCCUUCCACACCAGACAGGUCAGGUGGUUUCUUCAGCAAGAUUUUGAAAAAGCGACCGCACAAGGAGGCCCAGACUCCAGACAACGGAGAGCUGACACUUGCUCAGAUUCUCAAUGAGAAGCCAACAGGAGGGGAAGCUCCAGUGUUCGGACAUCCAUCUCGGCCUCAUUCCCAGUCACAUGGGGACCGUGCUGGUAAAGGCGGCAACCCCGCCAUAAAAAUCAGUCGUGCCACGCGGGUGUCUGAGUGGAACGCCUCGCUGGAUCGUGAAAUCACCAAUGCCAAUGAGCUCCGGAACCUUGAUGAGUUUCUGGGCAACCAGGUCAAUGAUUUCUGCUCCAGGGGACUGUCACCCACAGAGGCCAUCUUUGUCACAGCCACCAUGCAGUUCAGAGAGACAAUCAAAGCCAUGUAUUCUCUCCCAAAACCCACCAUCGGCUACAAAGGUCUGAUGACAGGCUACCACAACAAAGUGGUCCACCUGGCGGGCGAGAAGCAGAAAGGAGAAGUCAAGCUUGUGGUCAACCUCUUCCAGUCUGUGCUGGAUGGCUUCAUCAGAAAAGAGAAGAAGAAGGAGGAGGGUGAACCUUCUAAGCCUGCGAAAGCGAGAAAGAAGAGGAGGAAAAAAGAUAAAAGUAUGGAGAGUCCGCUGGAUCAUGUUUUCGUCAACUAUCAGGUCAACAUUGUGCAGUCGUGUGACCAGUGUAGUUCGUACAUCUGGGGCAUGGAGAAGGCCUACAUGUGCAGCUAUUGUAAAAUGGUGUGCCAUAAGAAGUGCCUCUGCAAAAUAGUCACUGACUGCUCCACCUUCUGUGCCAAAAAGAGUGACGAUGAGCCCACUGGUAUGCACUUCUGUGUACGUGUGUGUCACCUGGUCAGCGAGAGGAACCCAGUACCCAUUGUGCUGGAGAUGAUGCUGGAGCAUGUGGAGAUGAAUGGCCUGUACACUGAGGGCAUCUACCGCAAGUCUGGCUCUGCCAACCGCAUGAAAGAGCUGCAUCAGAGACUAGAGACUGACCCCCACCUGGUCUGCCUUGAUGACUAUCCCAUCCACACAGUGACGGGCCUGGUGAAGCAGUGGCUAAGGGAGCUGCCAGAUCCACUCAUGACCUUCACAAAUUACAGUGACUUCCUGCAUGCAGUUGAACUGCCAGAGAAGCAGGAGCAGCUUCAUGCUGUAUACAAAGUGCUGGAAGAGCUUCCUCCAGCAAACUUCAACACGUUAGAGAGACUUGUCUUCCACCUUGUCAGGGUGUGUAAAGAGGAGGCUCACAACCGUAUGUCUCCUAACUCGCUGGCCAUAGUUUUUGCCCCGUGUGUCCUGCGCUGCCCAGACAGUGCUGACCCACUGCUCAGCAUGAAGGAUGUUGCCAAGACCACCACGUGUGUAGAGAUGAUCAUCACAGAGCAGAUCAGACGCUACAAUGAGAAGAUGGAUGAGAUCGAGCAGCUGGAGUACGCAGAGGCUCUGGCCGUGAAGCAGCUCAAACUCAAGAGACAGAACACGCCCUUCUCGCAUUUACCUCUCAGGUUCUCACCUCCUUACAAAGGAGUGGUGGUGCAUGAGAAGGUCAGUUCUGAUCUCAGCGUGGUCCCUGAGAACGAGCCUCUGGACUCAGACACAGACACAGAGACUGAGAAGAACCUAGUGGAACGCAUCAAGUCCAUCAAACAGGAGAAAGAGGAUCUGGCCUGCAGACUGCCAGAGAUGGAGCAGCCUGGUUCAGACCAGGAGAACUUCGACUCCGAAGCCUCGCUGAGCUCCGAGAGCCUUCUGGACGAGCAGCAGCGCUCCACUGUUCAUGGCUCCGAGCCUGAAGGACAAGGUGUCCCCCAGCUGAGGAGACACAAGCCAGUUUGUCCACCCAAACCACCAGACCUGGCCCAGCGACCUAAAGUCCCUGGUGGACGCCUCUCUCUGCAAAGCCUCACCCCUGCUAGCUCCACCUCCUCCGUGUUCAGCUGCGUUUCUUCAACCUCUGAAUCCUCCCCCUUCAGGCAUCCGCUGCAACGCCGCAACCCCAUCAUCCCCAGCACAGUUAAACUCCCAUACGGCGUCGUCUCCCAGUCUGCAGCCUCCAGUCCAGCUCAGACGUAUUCCCCUCCAGGGAAUCGAGCAUUAAAGUACUUGGUAAAGAGAAGGGAGCAGCCCGGCCGCCGUAAAGACAGCACCCAGUCCCUCUACAUCGACAGCCCCGAGUGUGACCUGUUGUUUUUUUCCUCCUGCCCUCCUUCUGCUUCCACCUCCUCCUCCUCCAUCUCCAUGGCAACACCCUCUCCUCAGCACCAGGACACACAAGCCGUGAAGGGCCAGAGACGUUUUUCUGACCCAGACAUACCUUAUAUGGACGAUGACGUCUGACCAGGGCAGAACAGGAAAGAUGGAGCGGUGAAGAGGAUCACAGGCAGCGACCUCAGAGUCAGACUAAUGGAAGUGAACGUAUAUGGAGUGGCACAGAUGACAAUGAUGGAUUGUAGAGAGAGAGAAGAGGAAUCAAGAAUCACAGUAGAGGAAUAUAACUACGACACGUGCAGUGGAUCCACAGAGCUGAACAGAAGUGACACAAAAUGGAGGCUGUCCCUGUCGCUGUCAUCAGUGGGAACUAAUCAAGAACUGUAAAUGUGUCUUUAGUCUUGUUGUCCUCUAUGACAGUAAAAAUAACUGGACAUGAUGUUGCCAAGCACCUUUUCUACCAUUUUAAUAUAUUGUUGAUGAGUUGGGACGGAGGCUGUGUUCUCUGUAGCCUCAUGAUGACGGACCUGCAAUUUUGUUUUCUUGCUCCUGUUUUUUUUUUUAAACACAUUUGUGCUAAUUCAAGGAGAUAUUUCAGGUUCCAGCUGCACUUUUCAUUUCUAAGUUCUCCUAAUGAGCGAAACACGCUCACUGUAACAUUAGCUAGUGCCUUGGUGUGUACAGUAAGUUGAUAAAGAUCUCAUUUCUCAUGUCAUGUCAUGGACAGUGCUGGCAGAGGGUGGGAGGGAGGGUUAUUUGGGAUACAGUGAGGGUACCUUUGUCUAUUGUGACUCUGUGUUUAUUGUACUGAACCGACACAAGACAUGUUUGAAACAAGGACCUAAUGGUGCACAUUGUGACUGUCGCGCAGGUGCCUCGUCACAACAGCCUCUUUUCCACCUACCGCACAAUAAAUGCCAGAUAUAGGAAGUCAUUGCCUCACAAAGGGAAAUGGGAGCAGCACACGCCACUUUUUUCCUUUGAAACAACAAAAAACACAAACCCAGCCAUGAUGCAACAAGCCGUGCCACGAUGUCUUCAAAGCUCCAAGUCCUUGAACUCACCUUACCCCCUUUUUGUUUUCGCUCGAACGAACUUCACUCAGCUGCCAUUCAGAGUAAACAGUCCCACGAUGAGCAGGUUCUGCUGAAGCACAGCUCUAGCCAACUUUGUAUGAAAUGUAAUACUAAUGUUCCUCUCUGACUGCUGUUGAAUGAUGUCUGUUAGUUUGUCUGGAUUAUGAGGAAGAUGUUCUGAUGUGUAGUGUGUAUCAGAGAGUGUGUGGUUGGGACUGAAUGACGUGAACUGUAAUGGUUAUUUAGUAUUAACAUGACAAUACAGAACAUGAUGCUUGUUA